AUCCGAUGCAUGUGCGAGAGACGACCGGCUUGUUUAUGUUCUCGUUGACGGCGCAAGAUACUAUUCUUCAUCGCGUCACACGAGGAGAUGAUAAGCUGUAGUCAGGAUGAGUGCAAAGCGUGCUAAAGGUACGCGAAACGGCGUGAAGAAAGCCAAACUGCAGAAUGUUCCUCCCAUCGAGAUCAAUCCCUUGAUUCAAGAAGACGGCGAACUGACGACGAAGCUCCAAAAGCACAAUAAAGAAAACAAGCCCCUCGAGGAUGGAGAUCUCCAAUUCACAACAGCACCGUAUCGAGUCGGCAGCAUAGACAACUUCUUGCCCGACUCGAGUUACAUCGAUGAACUCGCCGAUGAACUAUUCGAUCUCGAACUCAAUCCGAAAAACAAUGAUCUGUACAAGUUUCAUCAGAGUGCCGACAUGCUCAGCUGCGAUACGCCCGCCAUUGUCGGGAUCACGACCGCGUUCCGGGAGAAACUCCUACCUUGGCUGAAGAAAGUCACCGGCAUCCCGUUGAACGGUGAGAUCAGCAUGUCCUAUUCGAAGUACUCGUACACCGACGUGCUUCUGUGCCACGACGAUGAGUUGGAGGGCCGUCGGAUCGCCUAUAUCUACUAUCUGGUGUCGCCAACGUGGUGCGAGGCCGAUGGAGGAGCUCUGGAUUUGUUCGCCGUGGAUCCGAAAACCGGCGAACCUUCGCAGAUCGAGAAAUCGCUGCCGCCGAAGCGGAAUCGGCUCGUUUUCUUCGAAGUUACGCCGCUUAGUUUCCAUCAGGUUAGCGAGGUGAUCACCGAGGACAAGAUCCGCCAUUCGCUCGUCGGAUGGUUCAACGGACCUCCUUUCGAACGGCCGCCUCACUACGAAGAGCCGCCGCUGCCUGUGUUACCCUACGGUUACGUGGAAGAGAGGAUUCUCCGUGCUUGGAUAAACCCACUAUAUCUGUCCGAGCAGCUCGAAGCAGAGGUUCAAAGGCGUUUCUGUGAUGACAGUCAAACUCAGCUGGACUUUUUCCUCAACGAGGAUCGAUACCAAGCUGUGUGCGAAGCAUUUACGGAGUACAAUGGAUGGGUUGAGAACGGACCUCCCAACCGGCGGAGGACGUACAUGAUGCGCGAGGAUUCGAUGCCUGAAGUUGUCUUGGAACUCAUGGCCGUUCUGAGCUCCGAAGCGAUGUACCUAAUUCUGACCAAUAUGACCGGGCUGCCCUUGCAUCCCAUGGGCAAGAUCGAACGCGACGAUGACCAAGAAGAAGACGAAGCGGAUCCGAAACAUCGAUACAAAAUCCGAGACUGGCGACAUGGAGCCUAUACCUUAGUUCACGACGAUAUGCAAGAUUUGUCCCGAUGCGUGCUCGAUGUGAACUUGUUCUUCAACUGCGACCAAUGGAGAACCGAGUAUGGGGGCUUCACCACCUACAUAGCAGACGAUGAAGAGAUAAUCACAGUGAUCCCUAAAUCUAAUUCGUUGUGCAUGAUGUAUCGAGAGGAUGGGGUGCUGAAGUUUGUGAAGCACGUCAACCACCAGAUGGGCCAAGUGACCGAUCCCUCGAAUCGACACUUCCAGGACGUCCAUAUCAAUUUUACUCACUAGAAAUUCCGACGAGCUUGGACCGGCGCAUCUAUGCUUAAUUUAAACACGGUCGAGUUGAUUGUGAGGAAUUUUCCCGAUGGCGACGGAGAGUCGACCUAGGGAGAUUCUUAUCAGUGAGAGGAUUAUCCUUAUGACGAGAGCGAGAAAAUUAUCAUCUAUUUUAUUUUGAGUGCUUUGAGUUAACUCCGGUUUGUCAGCGAAAAUUCUCGAACAAUGUGAU